UCUUUGAGCGUUUGCAAACCUUUCAUUCGCGUCACAAGACAUUUUUUUUUUAAUUUUCCAAAUAAUUGUUCUAUAGUCAAAUGAUUUUUCAAAAAACUUUCUUGUACCUCAGGUUGAUGAAAAUUACUAGUAGGAAUUUCAUCCUUCGUUUCUUUUCCUUCGUAAUAUGAAAAAAUUUCGCUUAAAUAUUCACCUUUUGUCGUUUUCUUAGCUGUUAGUGCUUGAAAAAUGCUACUAUUUGUCUUUUUAAGAUUUUUUUUUGACAUGUUUGCGCAAGGAAUUUUUCAAAAAGAAAAAUCUAUUAAAAGAUUUUCUGAUUAGGACCAGUUGCUAAGGACCCAUAUUUUGCCAGCUUCCUGUGUCUUUCUUCCUUGUCUCUUCAUCUCUUCGUCAUUCGUAUUGUAGCUCGUGGAUAGCCAAAACACACACAUUUCUAUUAUUAAAAUCCGUUUUAAAUAAAAAUUUGACAAUGCAAAUUUACGACAAUAAUUAUGAGGACACUGAUCUUGAUAUGAUUUUCUCGGAUCAUUUCAACCUGGACGAUGCGACUGCUUCUGAUUCUCAAAGUAUACACAAAGAUAAAGAAGAAGAGCGGUAUUCUUCCAUUUCACCUAAAUCAUUAAAAAACGAAAAUUCUGCGUCAUACAAAAAUGAGUUGCAAUCUGUUCAGCAAAAACAUUUUUCAAAAAACGAAAAAUAUCUUACCGUUUCAAAGGAGUCAGCCAAUUGUUUUUCUACGGAAGAAGACUGGACUCAUCUACAUAUCAGUCGUAUGCUACUCAAAGCAUGUACAAAAUUAGGUUUUCAAAGACCUACAGCAAUACAAGAACAAGUAAUCCCUUUUGCAUUACAAGGACGUGAUAUACUAGCUACUGCACAAACUGGUUCAGGAAAAACUGCCGCCUUUCUCUUACCUAUUUUAGAACGUUUAAUUCGUAGUGAAGCUGUUAGCAAACGUCGUUUAAUUCACGGAAGAAUUGUUGGAGGGGCCUAUGCAACAAAAGCUCUGAUUCUUUUACCAACUCGUGAAUUAGCAGCACAAUGUUUUGAAAUGCUUGAAGGACUUUCCCAAUUCACACCCGUGACGAAAAUCUUGGUCACCGGUGGUUUGAGUCAACAAGUUCAAUUAACAGGGUUUCGACGGCAACCCGAUAUUGUUGUCGCAACUCCUGGACGUAUAUUGGAUAUGUUACUGAAUGCGUCAAGUAUUCAUAUAGAGUUAUUAGAAAUUGUUGUUUUAGAUGAAGCAGAUCGUCUUUUAGAAAUGGGCUUUAAACAAGAAUGUCUUGAAAUCUUGUCACAUUGCUCAAGAGGACACCAAACGCUUCUUUUUUCGGCCACUCUUUCAGAAGCUAUAAAUGAUUUAGCAUUACUGUCCUUAAGAAAUCCCAUUCGCUUUAAUGUUUCAAAAAGUCAUUCGUUACCUUCAACAUUACGCCAAAUAACAGUUCCUGUUCCCACAGAAAAAAAAAUAACAAGUUUAAUUAACCGAGAAUCCAUAUUACUACAUCUUUGUUUGACCAUGUUUACUAAAGAAAAAACACUUGUUUUUUUUAGAACGAAAAAAGCCGCACAUAGAGCUUCCCUUAUUUUCAGACUGCUCAGUAUUCGUCAUGCUGAACUGCAUGGCAAUCUGCCUCAAUCUAAACGCCUAGAAGCUCUUGAAUCAUUUCACAAAGAUAGUAGUGUUCGAUUUCUUUUGUGCUCAGAACUUGCAGCACGUGGACUUGAUAUAGCCAGUGUCGAUUUAGUCAUUAACUUUAUGGUCCCCCCAGAAACUUCACGUUAUAUUCACCAAGCCGGUCGAACUGCACGCCUUGGGCGAAAUGGAAUUUGUAUAACAUUAUAUUCUCCUGAUGAAAAAUUACAGCUUAAACGUAUAAUACGUCAAAGUUCUAAAACUACGUUCCCAGCAUCCAAGUUAAUAAUUCCACCUAAUGAGUAUGAAGGAUGGAUUAAAAAACUUCAUACAUUUUCCAAAACAAUUGAAGAAAUAUUAAGCAAAGAGCAUUUAGAAAAAGAAAUCAGAUUAGCAGAAAGAGAAGCACAAAAAGGAAUUAAUAUGCACAUGUAUGAAGAUGAAAUAAUGUCUCGUCCAAGAAAAACAUGGUUAUCCAAAAAAAUGUUAUCCACUCCAUCAAACAAUGUCAAAACAAAUUCUAUGCAUGAAACAGCAUUCAAUAAAAUGGAUGCAUUUGUACCGAAAGAAUCUCUAUCAUCCACUGAAAAUGACCCCAAAAGUUUCCGAAAUAGUUUAGAUGAAGAAAAUAUGUCAGAUUCGAGUGGUUCCCUAGUCAAUGCGAAUUUCUUUUCACCCAAUGUAAAUGCAAAUCAAACGAAUCGAAGAUACAGUCAAAAAGGUGAUACCACAAAAAAAAAACCCUUAAAAAAGUCGCCUGUAACAGAAAAACCUGAUAACGUUAAAACAAAGCAAUCUACGAAGCCGUUAUCAUCAUCUGAAAGAAAACGUUUAAUUAAGGAACGUGUUUUUCAAAACAAAAAAUUAAAGCCAACACCAAAACAAAAAGCUGCGUUAAAAGCUCGUUUGCCCUGCAAAGCAGUUGGCUCUAAAGUGAAAAGAAAAAGACGUUUAGCAAACGUUUGAUUAUCAUUAAAAAAAAUUUGAAUGUCUCUUUUAUAAUUUUUAAAUUUGAUCCAAACACACUUAUGAAAUUUUGUUUGUUUGAUUUUUUCGAUUUUUUUUGUAAAUUGUUUCAUCUGUAUGUUUUUGUAUUACACUCUUCUACUAAACAUGUAACAAAAAUUAUUAUUAUUUAUAACAUGAUUAAUACAACCCGUUUUCGACAAUUCAUUUUUUUUAUGCAGGCAUUUUUCAUGGCAAGAAUAAAAGCCUUAUGUGUUGCGUUCCUAUGAUGACAGUAUUUUGUUAUUAGAAAAAAGAAGCACAAACAACUCAUUUGAUAACUUUAUCACAUAUAUUUUGUAAUGACAUGACACAAAAAAUUGACAAGAAAAUUUUAAGCAGACAAUUUUCUCCUUAACGUUUCACUUAUUGCUCUACCUUUUUUAUACCUCUAUUAAAAAAAUUCAGUCGGCGAUGUAUCUUACAAUUUAUUCAAGGUGGCUCUAAAUGUUUGAGCCAACCUCCACAAACUCAAUACUCUAGCUUUAUUUCAAAUCUUCGUCAUUACAAUAUUUAAUUAAAAUAAUUUAAUCUUUUGCUUUUCUUUAUUAAACUUUACAAAACUAAAUAGAAAAUAUGUCAUUUGUGUCUGCUAAUUUCUCCUGGAUGUAUUUUACCAAUAAAAAAUAGCGACUCAUUAUGAUUUUCAUUUAGUUAAUGGUAACUAAAAACUUUUUGUAAACACCGUUUAUUCGAUAUGUAUUCUUUGUUAACUUAUUAAGUGUUUUUUUCUUACACUUGACAUUCAAGCUUUAAUAACUUUUAGAAAAGUUUUUUGACGUAAGAAAUCAAUUUACAACUACAAACCAUCUAUGCACAUAGUUAUAUUAAUAAAUUCCUCUUACUCUAUGUUCAUUCCUUACCAACAUUUUUUUAAAUGCCAUCUUUUUUUAACACAUUCAAUUAAAUAGGGUUUUUAUUACCAUGUAUUUCCUUUAAAGCAAGUUGAAAACAUUUUGUUCAGUCACAAUCAUUAAUUAGAGUUCAGUGUAGCUCGAUUAGUGCUUAUUAAACAUUCAUCACUUAAGUUUUUACUUUAACUAUUAACACUGUUAAACUAAAUUUUGACGUCUCACUAUUUAAAAUUUCUCCGUGUUAUCAAUCCAUCAAAAAAAAAAUUGUUUUAUUACCAUCUCUCUCUUUUCAAAUUAGAUAAUUGUAUCAAUGAUUAUUUUUCUACUGUCUGCAAGUUCAACGGCUUAAUCUUUUAACAAAUUCUAAAUUUUGUUGAUUAAAAUGUUUUUAAAAUUACUUCAGCAACAUAAUACUGAUGUUAUUGAUUCGAUUUGGAUAAGAAAAGAAAAAUGCUAUUGUCAAUUACCAUUAAAGCACUCGCAAAAUUUUUGCCAGUAUUUUACAAAAUAUAUAUCACCAUCGGUUAUUAUUAAACAAAUAGAAAAUACAUGGCUACCACUUUUCAUUAAAUAUCAUUACGAUUCCGCUAUCGGUAACGAUAUUUCACUUAACUGGAAAGAAAAGAACAUUCUCAGACAUUUUAAUGGUUUCUUACAAAGCCGCAUUCCAGGAAUUCUUCGAUUACUUGUUCGUUUAAAUUGUCCUUAUUUUUUUGAGUGUCGUCUCAAUAUAUUACAUGAUCAUGCCCCCUCAUUACAAUUAUUUCAUCAACUGCUUAAUGAAACUCCCCAUUAUCCCAAUGCCUUAAGAUAUAAUUUACAAGGUGUUCGUAUUUUAUGGCCAUUUUUAUUUGAAUUGACAGAUAUUUGUGUAUCCAAAGUUUUCGAUACGUUUGUAAAUUCCACAUUUUCUUUAAAUGUUCUUUCUAUAAUAUCAUUACCGAAAAAGCAUUAUAGUAUUUUAUUUUUCUACGAAUAUCUUCUUCUUAUAACAGAUAUGUUUAAUUCAUGCUAUACUAAAAAAUUUUUAAACGCAUUUUGGAAAAACAAAAAAGCAACGCAUUCAACGUUUGAUACCCGCUUAUUGGCUUGCUUAACAAAAAAUUCAACACCUCUACUUUUAUUAAACCAAUGUUUUAUUUUAUUUUCAUAUAUUCUUUAUUAUUCUAUAGUUCAAUCAAUCCAGAUAGAUGAAAAAUCAAUUAAUGGAAUAAAAGAAAAAAUAGACCAAUUAAAACAAAAAAAAAAAUUUAAAUUUCAAAAUGAUUCAACAAAAAUCUCUUCAACAAUUAAAUACACGCUUCAUAUUACAUGGAACUUUUUGUAUGAAUUAAUACAAUGGCUACAAACAGUUCAUUGGUCUUCAUCAUCAUUGCAAACGGAAACGAAGGUUUCACUUGAAAUCCUUUAUUUACAAUGGAAACAAACUAUUAAACAAGAAGAAACAUUUUUGUUAAACAAUCCACUUUACAUUAACGAAAAAGAAGAAAAUACCGUUUUUCGUAGCGAAUGUUCUUGGUUAAAAACAUAUCCUAAAGAUUUACCAACACAAUACGUUAUACCUUGCUGGAACGCACAUUGCGAUAAAAUGUUAUGUGAAAAUACUAUCAGAAAGGAAUAUGAAACGUUUUUUUAUUGUAAAAGAUGUUAUAUUGCGUCUUAUUGUUCUGAAAAAUGUGAACGGACUCACUGGCUUCAAACACAUCAAUAUAAAGGAUUGUUACUAUUUUCGACGUCCGCCGACUUUUACUCGAUUUUUUUUAAUUGGAGAUGAUUAUGACAACAUUUUCGAUACUUUUCCUAUAUCAUGUAACAGCUUUGAAACCUACGCUACACAACCUGUUCAACAAUGGAAUUUACGCGAUGCCGAAUUUCGUCACAUUUUUUAAUUGGACAAAAAAUUAUUCGACAGUAUUAAUAAUGACUUUGUUAAUAAAAUAGAAAAAUGUAAACUAAAGACAUUUUUUAUUGUGAAACGCCAUUUGGAAAAAAGAUUCAUCAAAACCAAUUAAAAGCAAUCAAUACAACCCAGCAUUUGUAUAUGCGUUGUUAUAAACAGAUUAUACUAUAUUCAUGAGUGUAAAAAACUUUUUAAUUUUUUAUUAAAUGGUACAUAAAACGUUAUUGUAUUUUUUAACUUGUUAAUUUGUAAAGCCAGUAUAUAAAUAUA